AUUGUAUAAACAUUAAUUCACACUCGAGAACAGGAAAAAUCUACAAAGAAAAAUUGUAAUUCAUCAUUCCGCAGUCUUAACCAUAUCUGUGAGCUCCUUUUUGAAAGACAUCACGACUGAAUCGCAGAAUCUUUCUCGAUUGAAUGGAUCGUCCACCUUGGAAUAUAUUUCCGUGCUCAUCACAGUACUGGAUAAGUUUCCAGUUUUAGUGGUUUGAAGAAAUUUCGCUAUCGCAAAGCUUUCUCUGAGUCCAGACCUUCGGAAGACUCGCAUCAAGCCGGAGAAAUAUUCGAACGACGCUGUCGGGAUAUAGAGAAGAUUUCGUUCGGCAUGA